GCUCUCUCUUCAGAUUUCAUUUCACCAAAAACCAGACCCCAAAAGGGAAAGAAGAAAAAAGAAGGAAAGAAGCAAAAAUUCAAAAAGCGGAUCUAACAGUAACAGAACAACAAAGAAAGAGAAAGAAAAGAAGAAUCAAACAUAGGUUCGUGCGAUUCUCCUUCCCUUCGACGAUUGAAAAUGUCCGGUCGCCACGAAAAAGAGAAAGGCGUCAACGUUCAAGUCCUCCUCCGUUGCAGGCCGUUUAGCGAAGAGGAGUUGAGGAACAAUGCGCCGCAAGUGGUGACGUGUAAUGAGUACGUAAGAGAAGUCGCCGUUUCUCAGAACAUCGCCGGCAAACAUAUCGAUAGAGUUUUCACUUUCGAUAAGGUAUUUGGGCCUUCAGCCCAACAAAAAGAUCUAUAUGAACAAGCAGUGGUUCCAAUUGUGAAUGAAGUUUUAGAAGGUUUUAAUUGUACUAUUUUUGCUUACGGUCAAACUGGUACGGGGAAAACUUACACUAUGGAAGGUGAAUGCAAAAGGGCAAAGACGGGCCCUAAUGGCGAAUUGCCAGCAGAGGCAGGGGUCAUACCAAGAGCUGUUAAACAGAUAUUUGACACAUUGGAGAGUCAGAAUGCGGAGUACAGUGUGAAAGUUACGUUUUUGGAACUGUAUAAUGAAGAGAUUACUGAUUUGCUUGCACCUGAAGAAAUUUCAAAAGUUGCUUUGGAGGAGAAACAGAAGAAGCAGCUGCCGCUUAUGGAAGAUGGGAAAGGUGGAGUUCUUGUCAGAGGAUUAGAGGAAGAAAUUGUUACAAGUGCUAGUGAGAUAUUUACUCUGCUUGAAAGAGGGUCUGCUAAGCGUCGGACUGCUGAAACUUUGUUGAAUAAGCAGUCGAGUCGAUCGCAUUCUCUAUUUUCUAUUACAAUUCAUAUUAAGGAAGCUACACCAGAAGGUGAAGAGCUAAUAAAGUGUGGGAAGCUGAAUUUGGUUGAUUUAGCUGGCUCGGAAAAUAUAUCUCGCUCUGGUGCUAGGGAUGGUCGUGCAAGAGAAGCUGGUGAAAUUAAUAAAAGUUUACUUACUUUAGGACGAGUUAUAAAUGCUCUUGUGGAGCAUCUUGGGCAUAUUCCAUACAGGGAUAGCAAGCUUACUCGGUUACUUCGUGAUUCACUUGGGGGAAGAACAAAGACUUGCAUUAUAGCCACAGUUUCUCCUGCUGUCCAUUGUCUGGAGGAGACUCUAAGUACACUGGAUUAUGCACACAGGGCAAAGAAUAUCAAAAAUAAGCCUGAGGUUAACCAAAAAAUGAUGAAAUCAACUCUUAUAAAGGACCUCUAUGGUGAAAUUGAACGGCUAAAGGCAGAGGUGUAUGCUGCUCGUGAGAAAAAUGGUGUUUAUAUUCCAAAGGAGCGAUAUUACCAGGAGGAGAGUGAAAGGAAGGCAAUGGCUGAUCAGAUUGAACAAAUGGGGGUCCUUCUUGAAACCCAUCAGAAGCAACUUGAGGAAUUGCAAGAUAAAUAUGUUGCCCAAGUUCGACAGUGCUCUGAUUUGAGUGGAAAACUUGAGACGACUGAGAAAAACUUGAAUGAAACUAGCAAAUUGCUUGCCAACUCUGAAGAAGAAUUGAAGAAGUGUCGCUAUGUGUUGAGGGAGAAAGAAUAUAUCAUAUCUGAACAGAAAAAAGCAGAAAAUGCUCUAGCACAUCAAGCUUGUGUUUUAAGGUCUGACUUGGAGAAAGCACUUAAGGAUAAUGCUUCAUUGUUCCUAAAAAUUGGAAGGGAAGACAAACUGAAUGCUGAUAAUAGAGUAGUGGUUAACAACUUUCAAUUAGAACUAGCCCAACAAAUUGGUUCUCUUUGCAACCUGGUGGCCUCGUCAGUGUCUCGGCAAAAUGAACACCUUCAGAGUGUUGAGAAACUCUGUCAUUCUUUUAUGAAUAUACAUGAUAAGGCAAUCUUGGAUAUGAGGAAAAAGGUGACUGCUGCAAGGGCUUUGCAUGUUUCCCAUGUGGAGGCAGUCCAAAAUGUUGUGCGAUUGCACAAGGCUAGCUCCAAUGCUGCCUUAGAGGAAAUUUCAACUCUGGCUUUUUCGAAUGCACAUUCUAUUGAAGAGUUCCUUUUGUCUGAGGCCAGCAAAGCAGCUUCAAUGUUUGAUGAUCUUCAGGGUACUCUUGCAACUCAUCAGGGAGAAAUGGCUCUCUUUGCAAGGGAACUACGACAGAGAUUCCAUGUUAGUAUCGAGCAAACAAAGGACAUUUCUGAUUACACUAAUGAAAUUCUUGAUAAGCUUUCCGAAGAGUCUGUGAGGGUUCAGAAUCAUGCGGUCCAAGCUGAUGAAGUUCAAAUGAAGAGCAUUAUUUGCUUUCAGAAGGCUUAUGAGGAGCAAUCAAAAUGUGAUGCAGAGAAGCUUAUUGCUGAUAUGACAAAUCUUGUGUACAACCAUGUUCGUCGGCAGAAAGAGCUGGUGGAUGAAAGGCUUGUAAAUUUUAGAGAAAGUGUUGUUGCAAGCAAAACAUUCUUGGAUGGACACGUUUCCUCCAUGGAGUGUAUUACGACAGAUGCAAAACGAAAAUGGCAAGAAUUUGCUAUGCAAGCAGAGAAUGAGGCUAAAGACAGUGCUGAUUACUCAGCUGCCAAACAUUGUCGUAUGGAGGCACUCCUGCAGCAAUGUGUGUCUACUGCUGAAUCUGCGUUCAAGCAUUGCAAACAUACUCAGGAAUCGGUGAAUGAGAUGGGUAGUAAACAUGUUUCAGAUAUAACAUCACUCAUCAGGAACGCUUCUGAUACCAAUGAGCAGCAUGAUGCUGAGGUUGAUAGUGCAAGGGUUGCAGCUGAGCAAGAUGGUCUGAAGAAUAUUGAGGAUACCAUUCACUACAUUGAUAGUGUGUCAGAGCAGGAACAAGGAAUUACGUCUGGAAUCUUGGACACUGUUAAAGCUCAUGGUAAAAGCAUGGAGGUAUUCCAGGAUGAUCAUUCAAGACAAGCUACGUCCAUCAGGCAGAGAGCAGAAGAAACAUUCCAGCAGAGAUACAUGGAUUACGAGGCAAGUGGGACGACGCCAACAAGAAGCGAACAAGAUGUUCCGAGCAAGGGGAGUAUAGAAUCACUACGAGCCAUGCCAAUGGAAGCUCUGGUUGAGGAAUUUCGUGAAAACAAUUCGUACGAAUCAUUUGAGCCAAAGGAAUUAAAGGCAUCACUAAUACCACGGUCACCCCUUUCACAAAUCAACUAAUACUGGUGGCCUUGCUCCCUUCAUAUGUUCUUCUGCAAAUUAUAUUUGUAUUUGUAUCAUUAGUGUAAACUGUUAUUAUCGUCUUGGGGAGAUUGUAACGAUGCAGCAGUUGGCGGUGGAAGGUGUAUUGCAUGUCUCAGGAUGGAUUCAGUAAGAAUAAUCCUUUCUCAGGAUUUAUAAUCUUUAGCUUGGAUGGAGGAGUGUAAAUUGAGACAAAACCCCUCGGGUUUAAGUUUUAUUCAUAAUUCUUGGGACAUUGCUUUUUCUUGAGCA